AUGGAUCAGAUACCCGAUCCAUAUCAAGAUGAACCUCAGUUCCGGCCGCGGCACCCCAAUGCCAAUCCAGUACCGCUCCCCGAUGCCCAGCUGGACUACUUUUUAGAAGAGCAUACUCCGGCCCUCGAGUUACGAGAUGUCACGCGUACUCUGUCAGAGCGAGCUGCCUCGACCACCGCCUCAGCAUGUGGUCCAAAUGAUACCACUGGACCUUGCGAGCGCCCGGUCAAGGGGAGCGAUACGACUAUGCCCAUUGUCGUGGGCACUGUUGUUCCCAUCACUAUUGCCAUAAUUGUGUUGAUCUUCCUGCAUCGGCGGCAUGUAAGAAACCUUCGUAAAGAGGACAUGGAAGACAAACACGGUUCGCUGGAUUUUGGUAUGGGUGAGGGACGAAGACCGCUGCACAACAAGUCAAAACGGUGGAAGAAGCAACCUCCUCCACCUCCCGAGAUGACGAUGGCAGAUGCGAAAGCAGCCCUGAGAGCUGAGCGUGGCUUGUCGAUCGACUUGGGCAACAACCCCUACCUUCUUCCAGCUGGCCUCGCAAACUCACGAGAAUCGUUGCAUAGUAUGUCUCGAACCGCAAAUCUGGGAGACGACAAGUAUCAAAGGACAAACUUCAUUCCAGACGACGGGUCAAUACGAUCGCCUUCUGUGAGGGGCAUGCGUCGUGCCGAUGACUCUUCCAGCUUCUCUGGCUCGACAAAAUACCGCAACGAUGCUGAAUCGAGUCGGUCGCUCAUUCAUGGCAGCAAUGGUCUACGACCGACGCCUCCUGCUAAGGCUUACUCGCCUGUCCCAUUCGAGCGAACUGCGUCACCCUCACCUGCCAACCUGCUUGCACCAUCGAUCCCGGAAGCACGUGAAUCAGUUGUCAGUACAACUAGCAACGCUGCUGCAUUCCGAGCAAGCAACAAUUAUCUGGGCUCCUAUAUCCGCGGCGGCGCUGGUGCCCCCAAGCAAGAUAAGCCUGAGGACAAAUCAAAGCAAGCAGAAAUCAAGGUCACGGAAGCUGAAGUCAUCCCCACGCCGCCAGAAAAAGAAUACAGGUCACAACCACCAGUCCUGCCUGCCGUAGUCAUGAAUGAGGAGCCUCUGGAACACGGUCGACUCUCAAUCUAUGAUGAUGAUAAAGCCACAGCCCCGGUGACUGAGGAAUCUCAAAGACCACCUCGAACGGCAAGUAUGCCUGUAGACCGAGAACCGCAGAUUCCGCAAUUCAGCGUCAUGGACUUUGACAGCCAAGGCACGACCCCACAGGACAGCAGAGAACAGUCACAAUAUGGAGUUGCUCAACCUGCGUCACAAGAGCAGAGUAGAGCGGCAUCUGGCUACAGUCAGUACAACCAAUCUGAGCAAGCACCUGGUCAGCACGUUCGCCAAGAAUCCAACCAAGCUCAGCAGUAUCAGGCAUAUGCAGAUUCGAGCCAUGGCCAGUACGACCAGUCUCAGCCGACCACUGGCCAGCACAGCCGACAAGAAUCUCAGCAACCUCAGCAAUACCAACAGUACGACGAUCAGGAUGACUACUAUGAUCCUGAGGACACGUAUAGUGUGUAUGAUGAGUAUGAAGACUACGACCAACGACGGAUGACUUGGGGUAUGCGUCCUCUACCACCUGACGAUCCAAGCGAGAAUCCAGAGCAAAGGGCGAAUCGAAUUCGAUCGUUCUACAAGGAGUACUUUGACGAGAGCGGAAAGCCAGGCGGCGGCAACAUGGCUCAGUACUACGAUGGUGCCGAAGACUACUACGAUUAUUAUGACGAGCAAGAUUACUACCCACCAAGAGGCAUGUCGGCACAGGGCGGUCGCCACCGUGCCAUGUCCAAUGGGAGCUACAUGAGCCACGGCGGACCACGAGCUUACUCGUCUGCGUCAGGACAAUAUGGUCGACGACCGCCACCGAGACAGCGAAUGCCGCCGAAGAAGAGAAUGCCUCCUCCCAAAGCACUCAAUGUCUUACCCACACCUUCGGCCUUGAAGGAUGAUACCUUCCUGCUGGAUCUCGCUGUGGACUUCGCACCGCCCGAUCGAGCCAAGUUGCAGCGAGCUGGAACUCCAGAUAGUCGUCGGGGUGGUGAUCAGCGGCCAUACUCUCCGUCUGUGCGUGCUUUCACGCCUCUACAGUCCUCGUACGACGAUAUGGCAGUCCUUCCUAGCCCGCACUUGUUGCGCAAAUCGGGCACAUUCACUGGCCUCGACUUCGCACCACCUGGUCGUAUUCGUGCUGCUGAUAGCAUGAGCGAGGCAGGCAGUAUUCGCAGUGCUCGAUCCGGCAUUUCCAAAAUGCAUGAGCACAGCAUCCGAACCGGUGCUUACCGUGUGUCUAGAAUCCCGAGGGAAGUUGCUGGUACGCGGGACGAGAUCAGCGACGCAUUGAAGCCGAAGUGGGAUAUGAACAGAUGA